AUGCCGCCCCGCCGCAAGUUUAACAAGGACAACUCGACGACCUUCAAUGUCGUCCAUCGCGCCCAGAACGAUCCUCUUAUCCACGACUCCGACGCCAAUCAAUUUGUGUUGGCGGAAAAGGCGGCCCCACGAAGAGCAAACGGCGACGAGUACGACAAUGUCUACGCUUCGGGAUCCCAAUACUCGGGAGCCUCGUAUCGUAGCUACAAGGUCAAGCAACGAGAAGACCUCGAGUCAGAGUUUGGAGGAUCGGUGCGAGAGAACGAGGGUGAAGCGGCGCAACACGGCGUCUUCUACGACGACACUAGUUAUGAUUACAUGCAGCACAUGAAGGAUUUGGGAACGGGAGAGGGAGCAUCAACAUUCGUGCCGGCCAAUACUCCAAGUAACAAGGAUCGCAAGGGAAAGCAGAGUCUGGUGGAUGCUUUGCGGAAUUCCACCUACAACGACGACAUGCGCAGUGUGGGUCAGUCAAGUACCACAGAAUCCAUCGCCCGCUCACUGUUCCCGGAGGAAGUAUUGCCCAGUGAAUUUGUGACAAAACGUUCCUACCAGGACCAGCAGGAUAUUCCCGAUGAAAUCGCCGGCUUCCAACCUGACAUGGAUCCGCGGCUGAGGGAAGUGCUGGAAGCGUUGGAGGACGAGGAAUAUGUGGACGAUGAAGAGGACAUCUUCGCAGAACUCACAAAGGAAGGCUACGAAGUCGAUCGAGAUGAGUGGGACCUCUAUGGCGAACAACACACGUUUGAAGACGAAGAAGAAGACGCAGGCUGGGAAUCCGACGAUACAAUCCGAGCCGCAACUCCCACAUCGUCUUCUCCACCACCCGAUCUCUCGGCUUUGAACCUCACAGACGCCCCUCCCCCCUCAGAUCCUCUCGCUGUCCCUCCCGCAGACCCAACCCACGGAGCAUGGCUCGAAGAGUUUGAGAAAUUCAAAGCCGCCGACAAGAAAUCCUCCUCCCAACCCAAACUUCUUGCCAACGGUCGGCCCGCACCUUCAGCGUUGGAGUCCUCAAUUCUCUCCUCCCUUGCUUCCGGAAGAAGAAAGAAGCGAAAGGGCGCUCAAACAAGCACGACAAACUACUCCAUGACCUCCUCCGCCCUAGCCCGCACAGCCCCAUUAACCCUCCUAGACGACCGUUUCGACAAAAUAGAAAACGCCUACUCCCUCGCUGAAUUCCCCGAAGAAGAAGAGGACGCUUACAACGAUUCUCAAUCUCUCGCUUCAGGGAUGACAGGUGCUUCGCGAGUUAGUAAAGCAUACUCUACUCAGAGUGGGCUAUCGGGAGUUAGCGGCGUGAGCAGUUAUUCCCGAGCGGAAGACGACGAAGCGCCGAAUCUCGUGAGGAGUGAUUUCGAUGGGAUCAUGGAUGACUUCCUGGGUAGUCAUAAUAAGGCUGGGAAAUUCGGGAAGAGGAUUCGAAAGGGCAAGACGCUGACGGGAAUGCAGCAAUUGGAUGAGAUCAGAGGGCAGCUUGGACCCGCGAGGAGAGAGGGGAGGGUCGUUCAUGGUGAGGCCAGAUAG